AUGGCGAAAACACCCUCGGACCUUGGGAGUAUUCUUCCUUAUUCCUCGAAUCAAUGCCGUCUAUGGUUAUCUUCUCCGAAUAUUCGCCGAUCUCUAUCAAGACCACACGUCGCUGUUUCCUCUCGUCGCCACCUGUCUACCGCCGCCGCUGCUGCUGCUACUUCUACAUCGGAUGAAUCGGGGAUCGUGUGAAAAGGAGUGCGAAUUUCAGGUAGACCUCUUUAUCUAGAUAUGCAAUCGACGAUUCCGCUUGAUCCUAGAGUAUUCAAGGUGGCACGUAUCCAGGUCACGAAACUGAUCGGCGCAUCACCGAAAGAGAUCGUGUUCCUAUCCGGCGAACAAUGCGAUUGUGAAAUGAGUGGGCACUUUUACAAGGACAAGAAGACGCACGUGAUAACCACGCAGACUGAGCACCGUGGCGUUUUUGAUUCUUGGAGGCAUUUGCAGCAAGAAGGCUUCGAGGUUGCUUACUUGCCUGUGAAAACUGAUGGUUUAGUCGAUUUAGAGAGGUUGAAAGAGGCUAUUAAACCUGAUGCCGGGCUAGUUUCUAUAGUGAGAUUUGGUGUUGUGCAACCUAUGGAGGAGAUUGGUAGGUUGCGUUUCAUACUGGAUGCUGCUCAAGCUAUAGGGAAGAUACCUGGUUGAUGUUUUGAGAAAUGGAAUGUUCAUGUUAUGUCAAUGAGGGGACCAAUACGGAUUGGUGCUAUGUAUGUUAUGAAUAGUGGAGGUCAAGAGAGGGGAACAUUGGCUACGCAGCAAGUUGUUGGCCUUGGGGUUGAUUAUGAGUUGGCGAUGAAGGAUAUGGAGUAUGAUGAGAAGUGGAUUAAGAGGUUGCUGAAUGGAGUUAGAGAGAAGCUUGAAGUCUAUAUUUCUGAUUCUGGGAAUCUGAAUCUGUCGUUUGCUUAUGUUGAAGGAGGGAGUCUUUUGAUGGGUUUGAAGGAAGUUGCAGUGUCUAGUGCAAGUGCUUGUACAAGUGUGAGUUUGGAGCCUUCUUAUGUGUUGAGAGCUUUGGGUGUGGAUGAGGACAUGUCUCACACUUCGAUUAGGUUUGGGAUUGGGAGGUUUACUACGGAGGAAGAGAUUGAUAAACCGGUCAGAGUACGGUUAAACAAGUUGAGGGAGAUGAGUCCGGUUUAUGAGAUGGUUAAAGAAAAUAUCUAUAUCACGAACAUACAAUGGUCUCAACACUGAUUCAACAGUUUCCAUGUGGAGAUGCAGAUGAUCUGAUCCUGAGUUCGUACUAUGUUCUGCUGGUAAUUUAUGUCUAUAUUUGCUUUCUAGAUAGAUACCAAGUGAGCAUGUCGUGUUAUGGUUUUGUAAUAAGCAGAGCAUAAACAAACAUUAUUUUCUGGGUUGGAUUGUUAUCGUUUGUAUGAUCUAUUUCUAGGUAUUAUGAACCUUUUGGUAAAAGCUAUUUUCGCUUUUGUUUUUUUUUUCUGGAUCAAAUCUAAGAGCCAUACGUACGGUUUGUUUU